AUGAAUAUAAAACAAGAAGAAGGUUUAGAUAUUCUUGAAGAUGUUUUCAAAAAUGAACCCGAGCUUGUUUCCGUACAUAUGAAACAAACGUAUAAAGAGGAAGAUGAUGAUGAUUUUUUUGAUGAGUUUGAAACCAACAAAUCGGGACAAAAUAUUGAAAUUAAAGAAGAAAUUAUUGAAUGUGACGAGCCUAAAAUUGAAUAUCGUUCAGAUUUGCUCUCAACAAUUAACAAUGCUUCGGCUUCUGGAAAAAUGCGAUUUUGUGCUACAGCUGCAACUGUUAAAAAAGAACUCAAGAACACUGAUGAAGUGGAUAUUAAGGAAGAUAUUAGUGAAUAUAAUCAGCCGAGUAUGAACAAUAAAAGUACUGAAUAUCAAGAAAGUUUAACAGAGUUGUGUGACAGAGAAAAUAAUGAAAGGUUAUCAAAUACGUUAAAAAAUGACGCAAAUGUUAUAAAUAUUAUAAAGAAAAGGAAGCAGUGCCGCUAUCAAAAAAGUAUAGUAACAAUGGGAUCACGAACGAUACAAAUUCUAGAGAACGCAACAAAUUCUGUUAGUCAGAACAAUAUAGAUACAGUAGAUAUAGAAAAUACCGAAUUCGUUUUUGAAGAAGACCUAAAUCAUCCUAUAAUUGCAUCAGUUGUUGGUGCCUCAAACCAAGUUUUAAGUCAGUCUGAAAACGAUCCACAGCAAGUUUGUAAUGAUUUAGAUAUAGAAGAAAACCAAAAUGAAUUUUUAAAUGCAUCGGACUUAAUUGAGAAUUUGCAGCCGUCAUUUCCAGCUGUAAUGCCAAAUAGAUGUUUACAAAAUAAUUCACCUUUUAAUAAUAUUGAUUUAAGUCCUAGACAAAACCAGCAUAGUCACUCUGAAAAUGAAGAAAAAUACAUACCAGAUAGGAACAUAGAGAGUGGCGAAGACAGUAAUAAUGCUGAUAGUGGAGAUGCUAUCCAGUCAAAGAUUAAAAAUGAUGAAGAAUAUAUACCAGAUUUAUGCAAUGAAAGCGAUACUGGAUAUAUCCAACCAAACAAAGAAAGCGUCGAGCCUGAGGCAACCGAGGUCGAUGAAAAUGCUGAAGAAAAUUUAUCAAAAAGGAAGCGGGAAAAAACCAACCAAAGACACCUAAAUAAAAGACUAAGGAUGCAAGGGCAAGAAUAUUUAGGAUUCAGAAAACCAAGAAAUCAAAGGAAUACAUUCAAUGAUACAAAAAGAGCAGAACGACGCCUAAAACCGCGUUGCGAUUGCAGAGAUAAGAAGAAACUCCUACGAAAGUGUAAAUUAAUUGUCGAAAAUUACCGCGUAGCUUUAUUUAAUGAUUUUUGGUCAAAAAUGACAUGGGACGAAAGAAAGGUUUUUGUGUGUAAUACGGUUACCAUAAAAAAAUCAAACAAUAGAACAUCGGACUCAAGAAGGACAACAACACUAAUAUACACUUUAAAGGUGAAUCACCAGAUCGUCCCGGUUUGCAAAAAAAUGUACCUAAACACAACAGGUCUUGGCGAAUGGUCGGUAAGGAAUUGGGUGUUAAACAGUAGUGACGGUGUUGUUGAAAGACAAGAGAGUACUGUGCUAGAAUGA